GGGGCAAUUCAGGUUGCUGUGGCUGUGACUGGGCGGUUGUUUGGGCUGUGUUGACCUGAUCCUCUCUGGAUGCUUUGGAAAAGCCGGUGGACAGCUGAGAGCUGUUAGCUGUCAGCAGAGCUCGAGUGAUUUUCAGCCACCGGCUGUUCCUGGGACCUUAUCUGCUGACGUGUGGCAACAUUUUUGGAUGGAGCAGUCAGGAUCCUACUAACGAUUUCUUUUGCUGAUUCACUCUGAAAUACCAAAGGCUGGAGAUUUGACCCUGGUCAAUGUAUAUAGCACUUACCUCAACUCCAACAGAAAUGAAUGCCAACAGUAUGCCUAAACAAGUUGAGGUGAGGAUGCACGAGAGUCACCUGGAGCCCAUUGAGGCCAGGCCUCAGUCCAAAUGUGCCAAAAUCUGCUCCAAGAUGUUCAAGAACCUUCUGCUCACACUCACUGUCCUCGGUGUGAUCUUGGGAGCUGUGGCAGGAAUGCUGCUUCGUGUUGCCUCCCCGAUCCACCCAGAUAUUGUCAUGGUGAUUGCUUUUCCUGGAGAUAUCCUGAUGAGGAUGCUGAAGAUGUUGAUCCUGCCACUUAUCAUCUCCAGUUUAAUCACAGGUCUCGCUGGUUUGGAUGCCAAAUCUAGUGGUCGCCUGGGCACCAGAGCUAUGGUCUACUACAUGUCCACCACUAUCAUUGCUGCUAUCCUGGGAGUCAUCCUGGUGUUAGUCAUUCACCCUGGCAAUCCCAAGCUGAAGGAGAAUCUGGGCGAGGGCGAGAAAAAUGAUGAGGUGUCCAGCUUGGAUGCCUUCUUUGAUCUGAUCAGGAACCUGUUCCCAGAAAACCUGGUGCAGGCUUGUUUCCAACAGAUCCAGACAGUCACAAAGAAGGUAGAGGUGAUUGUUGAGGAGGAGGUCAAUGCCACCACCACCAUAGAGGGUCUGGUGGCUAACAUUACCAAGGAGCCUCAGUUUGUCAUCAAAAAGUCGCUGCAGUUCAAAAGUGGCAUGAAUGUUCUGGGUCUGAUUGGUUUCUUUAUUGCAUUUGGCAUCUGCAUGGGCAAGAUGGGAGAGAAGGCCAGACUCAUGAUUGAUUUCUUCAACAUCCUCAAUGAGAUUGUGAUGAAACUUGUCAUCAUGAUCAUGUGGUACUCUCCCUUCGGUAUUGCCUGUCUCAUCUGUGGUAAGAUCAUUUCCAUCAAGGAUCUGGAGGUGGUGGCCAGGCAGCUGGGCAUGUAUAUGAUCACUGUGAUUAUUGGCCUCAUCAUCCACGGAGCAAUCUUCCUGCCCAGCAUCUACUUUGUUAUCGUCAGGAAAAACCCCUUCACCUUCUUCCUGGGCAUCUUCCAGGCCUGGAUCACUGCCCUGGGGACAGCCUCCAGUGCUGGUACACUGCCUGUCACCUUCCGUUGUCUGGAGGAGAACUUGGGUAUUGACAAAAGAGUCACUCGUUUCGUGCUCCCGGUCGGUGCCACCAUCAACAUGGAUGGAACUGCUCUGUAUGAGGCUGUUGCAGCCAUCUUCAUUGCCCAGAUGAACGGCAUCCACCUUGACCCUGGUCAGAUUGUCACUGUCAGUCUGACAGCCACCCUGGCUAGUGUUGGAGCUGCCAGUAUUCCCAGUGCCGGCCUGGUGACUAUGCUUUUGAUCCUGACUGCUGUAGGCCUACCAACCCAAGACAUCAGUCUGCUGGUUGCUGUUGACUGGCUGCUCGAUCGAUUCAGGACCUCGGUGAACGUGGUGGGUGAUUCCUACGGUGCAGGCAUCGUGUACCACAUGUCCAAGGCAGAGCUUGAUGAGCUGGACGCGCACACGGCUAAAUCAGAUGACAUUGAAAUGAUGACGAAGACCCAGUCUUAUUACGAUGACAUGAAGAACCACCACGAAAACAAUUCCAACCAGUGCGUCUUAACCGCUACCGCGAGCACAACUGCUACCACUUCUGCUAACAAUUCUGUCGUAGUAGAUGAAUGCAAGGUAACCUCAGCCACUAACGGCUCUGCUGCGGAGUGCACGCUUGUUGAGGAGGAACCAUGGAAACAUGAAUAAUGGCAGCACAGAGAUCCCCUGCUCCUGGGCUCCAGGCUCCACAAGCUUUCCUAUCUGGUGAUAAAAAAAAAGAUUGAAUGACAAAAAAAAAAAAAAGUCACACGAACAGAACUACUAAUUGUUUUUUUUGUUUUUUUUAUGUAGUUAGUUUUCUUUUUUUUAUUAGUCCCUUUAAAAGUUUUUGUAACUGUCUAUCUGACUGAUAUAUAAUACUAAUUCACUUAACCGUGAAAUGAUAACAGAGGUAUACCUUUACCUGUUAGAGCACAAAUAUGUCCUAUAUAGCAGAUACUUGCACAACAUACUUCAAGGCGAAAAAAGUUAGAUAAGCUAUUCCUAGCAAUACAUCUUACAUUUAUAUGAGAGGAGAAGUGGCUGUAUAGCAAGGAAUGCACUGAGAUCAUCUUCGAAGUUUCAUACAUAUAUAAAUACAGGUGAUUUGUUAUUCUAAUGCCAGAAGACGAGUGGGAGUUAGAUCAUUAAUCAUGACAACCAAUGUAAUGUUUGUACUGAACUUCCUCGCUUUACAUCCCUGUCAGUACCAUCACAAUGUGUGCAUGAGGCCACUGUUUUUCCUCCUCAGCUCAGUCUCUAUUCUCAGAAUGAUUCUUGAACUGUCAGAGCCACUAAGGUGCAUCUGACUACUCAAUAUUACCCACUGUCCCUGAGGUCCAGUAAACUGAUGAAUGGGUAGAAGGCAGGGAACAACAACAGUGAACAGGAAAACCAACAACCACAGUCACCGUGUGAUUAUAAAGCACAAAUUAUACCAUGGAGCCCAUUUUUAUUCCUCCUUCUUGUUUUCUUUCUUUCUUUCUUUUUUGUCUACUGUUUAAAAAAAGGUGGCUUUUUUUAAGUGUCACCUGUUGAGUGAAGUAUAAAACUUGUUUGUGUGCAUCUGUGUGUGUGUGUGUGUGUGUGUGUGUGUGUGUGUGUGACAGAGAGAGAGAAAGCUGAGGUUAAGAACAUGACCAAGUCAAUUAUAGGGACCAAACAGGCAGGAAAUCAAUCAACUCACAGAGGCCUUUGAACUGCCUCCAUGACGUCACUCGCACACAUGUUUUCUUACGAUGAUGUCCAUUUUAAAAAGCCUCAAAACUUAGCAAAGAAAAACACUGCCCUAAAUAUGAAAUUUCAUUCAGUAUAUCCCCUUCCAAAAAAAAAAAAAAUAUUGUGAUGCCAAUGAAAUUAAAAUUAAAAUCAAAAUGAUUCUAAUGAGUAAUUGACAUAUCUGAAUCAAUUGUAGCACAAAAAAAGAGAUUAUAUAGAGCACAAAAAGAGUGAUAGAGCACAAAUAAAGCCAAAAUGUCAAUAAGGGUCAUUUUUAGUCAGUGGCAUAAUCAAAGUCAUGCACAUACUGUUCCAUGUCCACACAUCGUAUUCCAACUUAAAACAAACAAAAAAAAAGACACAAUAAGGGAACAACAAAAUUUACUCAGGCUUGUAUUUUUACUCUUUUACAGGGAGAAAAGUAAUGUAAUCCUAAAAUGUUUACUCGCUCACUAGAGCUUGAAGGAAAUGGCCUCUUAACAGCACAACUUUUAGAAAGCUUUGAUUUAAGAAAUUGGUGACAGUUUACUGCAAAGGUUUUUUGUUGACAGAUGGUAAUUUUCUAUGAUCGCAGGAAGCACACAAAUAUGUAUCUCAAACAACAUUCCAAGUGGUUGAAUUAUCUUCAACCUGUAUAUCUGAAAGCAGACAUGUUUAGUACCGAACACGGACAGAGUACACAAGGUGAACCACCAGAAAAAUGUAAAAAAAAAAAAAAAAAAAGAGGAAACAAAGGAUGAAAUAGCGCACCGCUCAGGCUGUCAGAUGGAUUCUUGGCUUGCACAAACAGAGAUGGAUCAUUGAUAUAACACUUUCGCUUGCCAGCUUCUUGUUUAGCCAGACCUAAAAAACAAACAAAAAACAAAACAUAAACAACAAUAUACUUUAGCCACCAGAGCUCAAGACUGUUUCUACAAACCCUAGAUGCUGCAGCUGUGUGUCCACAUUGGUGCAAAGAUGUACUCAGAACAGAACAAUGGACACUUCACAAGCAUUAUGCCAGAAUGUUGCCAACUAUCAGGUAAUACUUCCUCUCAUAGAACCAAAUGGCUUAAAAAAAAUAUCUGCAUUCACAUAAACAAAGCUCAGACUACUGGCUGUUAAUCUUUUUUUUUUAUUUUUUUAGCUUUUGUGAGUGAGAGGUGAGACUUCUGUGAUGUGACUGUGGAUUUCUUUAUCAGUACUGUGUCCUUCUCUUGUCUUGUUUCUUUUACAUUUGUGCUUAAUGACAACCUUGCCUUGGAGAUGUUCACUUCAAACAAAUGCCAAUUAAAGUAACACUAGGAAACCUAACAAACCACUUAGCACAGCACUCUGUCCUUUUAGUCCCUGAAACACACUCUCGGAAGACGUCUUUCGCUUUGCUUUUACUUUAAUGCUCAGCUAACAAAAGUGUGCUUUGAUACAACAUGGAGCACACUUGCUGUUCUGCUGUACGCACUGCACAGACUGAUGUACACCAUACACACAAAUGCAAGCAUGCACACUCACACUCACACACACACACACACACACACACACGUUCACCAUUUCACACAUUUUUUUUUUCUGUUUCAAAUGCACAGAUACAAACACACAUACAAACACUCUUAAAACCUCGAAGGUCACUACAUUUUUAAUUGUAAUCAGCGAGCUGCAGAGCACAGCACUGACACCCUAACAGGCCCCCUUGAGUCUGACCUUUUGACCUUGUGAUCUUCAGGAAAAAUGAAAAAAAACGAAAAAAAUCUCUCCAGUAAGGAGA